CAGUAUUUGCGGCGGGAACGAAUCGAGAUCGAAUCGAGAGAACGUGGGUAAAUAGGGGCAGUUCAAUGAAUGGGCGGGAAGCGCAGUCGCCUACGCUCCGCCGAGCGCGCGAACGUUGAUACCGGACCGCGGUGCACCCUCAACAAGUGGGGCAUUAAAGCUUCUAACUCUCGAACAACCGAAUAAAAUGUUUAACAAGCUCUAACAUCGAUAAAAAAAAUAUAUUUGUGUUCCAAAAAAUAGUAAAAAAUAUUUUUUCAAAGUGCUGAACUAGUGAGAAAGUUUGUGAUUUCGGAAAACGUUAUCCUUAGACGACAGAGCGCAAAUGAGAACAAGUAAAAACAAUGAAAACGUGUAUUGUGUGUGAUAAACAGUGAAGUGAACAAAUCGUGGAUAUAAGUGUAAAUUAUGGCUAGUUGAUGUUGAUAGAACCCGCAAGGUUUGCAAGAUGGUGGCCAGAGGGAGAGGGCGGAUGCUUUCCAUCCUCUUCAGCGCACUGUUGCUGGGAAGGGCUAUUGCAGUCCGUGGGCACGCGGAGGUGCGCGUGGAGUUACAAAUGGAGCGGUGGGCGGCGCGCGGCGGCUCGGUGCGGCUCCGCUGCGUGCACGACGUGCCGCCCCAUCUCCUUGACAAAGUGGUCUUCCUCCGACACGGCACCAAAAUCUUCCAGUACAUUAGGGACCGGAAACCGCCUUAUAGAAACUUUACUACGCCUGGAGCCGUGCUCAACAUCGCCUUAGCUACGGAAAACUCUAUAAUCCUGCAGAACUUGGAUUUCGCUGCGAGUGGCAGCUACUCGUGCGAGGUGUCACUCGACACUCCUAUAUACACGAAAGCCUCCACUGAAAAACAGCUCACAGUAUUCCAUCCACAAAAGCAUCACCCUAGGAUCGACUUCCCGACGCGCUACCUCAGCUUCGGAGAGACUCUUCGAGCUAAUUGCACCACGGCGCCCGCGGUACCAGCCCCACAUAUAACAUGGUUUAUCAAUGGUCGAAAGAUGGACGAGUUAGUAGCCCACUCACACAAGUUCCGCGUACCAAUGAGUGAACGUAAUGGUCGCCGAGGAUUACAGCGAAGCUUCGAGUAUGACGCUGGCAUCAGCAGCCCUCCUCCAUUGCUGACCCUCACACAUGCCUCUCACGUCGCUACGAGACCUCCUGGCUGCAGCUUAAAGGAAAAUCAGAUGGCCGAAGUAAAAGAACAUGAAGAAAUUAACGUUAUUCAUAUGAGCAGUCGGCACAAGAGUCGUAAACCCAGCAAGAGAGAUCUUUAUGUGACCGUGUCGGAGUUACAAAUCGUGGCGACUGGAAGGCUGGAAAUUACUUGCGUCAGCACCAUACCUGAGUUUAGAAAUAUCGAAGACAGGUUCGCCGAUGUUAGAAACGACACAGUUAUAGUUGACGUCAUCAAGCCUUCAACCCUGUCUCAGCCGUCAGCCAACUUAACAACGGCUGACUCCAGUACAUCAGGAUCAUCAACAUUUCCUUCAAAUAUAAUUCCAUCUCUAAUGUGUAUUAUAAUUAUAUACUUGCUCACGAUUGCUUGAUAGAGCAAGUCGUUAAAUUUAAAUAAUGGGCUGUGAUAAAAUAUGUAAUACUUAUGUUCAUAAUACAUAACAAAUAAAUAUUGUAAACGCGCGUGUGUAAAGAUGUGAAUAUGCUAAUUGUGUAAUACAGGCACAAACCAAUUACCUAAAUUAAUUAGAUGAUAGAAGGUCAUUGCUGAAGUAGGUGCAGCUACAUUCCUACGGUUGAUUUAAGUGAUGUUCAUACAGCUAAAGAAAUCCUUGCAAACAAGCCACUAUUUGUGACAUUACAUUGGUAGCUAACGCAGUAAAAGUACUUCAAAAACCUAUAUAAUAUAAGCUAUAGACAAAUAUUCCUUUGUCAAACAAACAACACUUACCAAUUAUCGACAAAUAUUUGAAACUAUCUUUUGGGCAUAGAUUUCUUAUGAACCUCAAAAUGGAUUCAGCUUAUCAAGUAUAACAGGUUAUAAUACACAUAAAUUUACGUAACACAUACGACAAAAUUAAUUAUGAAAAAAUA